AUGUCUUUUGAAACAAGCUCAUCACCGUCGACAGAUACACAACAACUCCCAUCAACAACAACAACAACAACAGUUACUGAACCUUUAGAUAAACAUGCUUUAAGAAAACUCCGAAAAGAGCAAAAACAACAAGCGAAAAAAGAAAAAUUGACUCAACAACAACUCGGAAAGGAAGAACGAAAAGAAUUAUUUGAAAAUCGGACACGAGAGAAGUUUAAUAAAUUAUUGGAAGGAUCAAAUACAAGUGCCAAGAAUGAAAAAUCAAUUCCGAAAUUAAGAUCGCUUCACGAGUCGUCAUGUUGUGACCCAACUCAAUAUUAUAAAGAAACAUUUUGGCAAGAUCCAUGGUUCGGGUUGCUCCAAUAUUAA